CACCCGAAACGGAAGCUCGUAUCACCUUCUGGAGAAAGCGGUAAAUGCCCUCAGUGACUUGCUUGGUUUCUCUUCGGGCUCCGCUCUCCGGCAUUUCCCCGAGGGAAAACAGCCGCGGUUUGUUUCCGUGAACAUAUUAACAGGCGCGCGCAAAAGCAACUAAGCCAACAGCCAUGAAAAAGCGCGAAUAAAUACUUUAUGCUUGGAGGGAAUUGCACCUCGUCCAGCCGAGCGAGUCUAAUUUCCUGAGGUCGUUUGCUUGCUCGCUCGCUUUUUCCCCUUCGGCUGAUUUGGGCUUCUCUUUCAAAGAAAGAAAGAAAGAAAAAAAGAGGGAGCCUGAACUCUGGAGGAGGAGGAGGAGGAGCCAGGGUGUGGAAGGGGUUUACAAUCCCCCUCCCUUCCCAUCUGGGAGCAGCCUGAAACACUGCUGGGAGGUAUGUGGUUCCUUGGUCAGCGGCGCGUGGGAUCAAACUAGGAAGAAACUGGAGGUGGGUUGGGGGGGCAGUUUCGAGAGAAUAUGGACUUAAGAGGCGGACAGGAAAGAGGUCCUGACAAAGAUCCAAGGCUGAAUCCGGCAGUAUUUAUGGAUCAGGGACACCCCCACCAGCUGGCGACGGGAGAGCAGAGAGGAGCUGAUCCGUACAAGCUGGUGGAAGUACAAUUGAGUGGCGGAGCUCCUUGGGGAUUUACGUUAAAAGGAGGCAGAGAACAUGGAGAACCUCUGAUCAUCACUAAGAUUGAAGAAGGUAGCAAAGCUGCAGCUGUGGAUAAAUUGCUGGCUGGAGAUGAGAUUAUCAGCAUCAAUGACAUUAACCUCUCUGGCUUCAGGCAAGAGGCAAUCUGCUUGGUGAAAGGUUCACACAAGUUUCUAAAGCUUGUGGUAAAAAGAAAAAAUGAUGUAGCCUGCAGGCCUCAUUCCUGGCAUGCUACCAAAUUCACUGAAAAUCGGCUUGAAACAGCUGCGUCAAGACUCUCCUCCACCAAUGUCUGUGCUUCAUGGCCCUCUCAGUAUCAUUCAAGUUCCUUUGAUCUUUCAAACUCAUGGAAUCAAUCAAAUCUACAUCGUACCUCAGGCCAAUUCAGCUCUGUGGGAAGCAUGGAUAUCUGGGAUCACACACCCCAAACAUAUCAGUAUGGACAGAUUUCCGCUGCAAAGUCCAAUAGCAGCAUUGAUCAUCUGGGGAAUCCCAGCAAAAGAGAUUCUGCAUAUGGUUCUUUUUCUACUAGCUCCAGUACACCUGAUCACACAUUGUCCAGUGUAGAUGCUCUGUCAACAGAGAACGUAAUGUAUAAAGUGGGCAACUGGGAAACUCCAAAACAAGGGAAUAGCAAAACUGUUUCAUUUCUGAGUGAUAAUGGAAAAUCUGAAGAAAAAGUUAACUCCUUUGCAACUCCACCACAAUACGAAAACAACCUAAGUUCACGACUAGAAGACCAUACUAAUUCAGUCUAUUCUGGGGCUGGACGAUCUAAUUUUGUACCUGUAUGGUAUGUCCCUGAAGAAAAAAAGUCUCCUUCCCCUCCACCUCCCCCACCCCCUCUCCGUAGUGAUAGUUUUGCUGCUACCAAAAGUCAUGAUAGAGAUCAUGCACCUCCUCUAUAUUCAGAGGGCAUUCAGAGCCCCCAGCAUUUUGAAGGCUUACAUAGAACACCAAUCAGAAAUGAUUGGAGUGCUGAAACUGCUGAAGAACAAAAGCGAAUGAUCAGGUCAGUUGAGAAAACCUCACACAGAAGACGAGGAAGCAGCCCAAUACAAAGACCUGAUUUUAUUCCAGAUUAUGAUUUCUCUUCCCCAGGUGACAGAAUAAACAAUAAUAUGGAACAUGUUAAGAGGCUGCAUUCUUCUCUGUCUAGUACCGAUGUUCGAUUUCCCCAGUCUGUUUAUGAGUCUCAGAACCAUCAACAUCAGCGUCAAUAUAGUGAUGAAUAUAGUUUCUUUCACAAUGCAAAAGCCUCUGCAUCAUCUAAAGAGCCAAAAUGGCUCUCUUCUUAUAGUGACAUUAGGGAAAGGCCUUCUGAUAAACAUAACUGUCAUCUAAACCAAACCAGGAUUCCUAGUAAUACCACCACGGCAGUUUCUGACAUGAGUUCUGAGGAAAACCCUGGACUAAAUCAUUAUUACUGUGUAAAAGCGAAGCAGCAGCCUGCUCAGGGAACCUCAAAACCUCAAAGAAUUGGAACAGGAAAUCUUGCUGCUUCUGUGUCAAGUGAGAAUCCUGUUAUAACCAUGAGCCAAAAUCCUAAAUAUUCUCUACCUCAGCAUCUUACUGAGCCUUCUCUGCAUAUAUGUGAAAAGAGACCUCACUGUGUAGUUAACAAAGGAGAGGAUAUUAAAGCUGUUGUACUGGAAGAUUCUAGGAAGAUAAAUUACUCUGAGAAAUCAGGUCAGACUUUUGAAGAAAAUCUCAGUAGUCAUCAAGAAUAUAAGGAUGGGCAGGAGUAUUUUCAGGUGUCUGACACUAAAAUAGCCCCAAAAGAUUUCAAAUGGAAUCGGGAGAAGAACUAUCAUAUUUCUCCCCAAAAGACCCCAAUGUUGCAUUCUUUAGCUCAGGAAGAGAAAAGGCAGAUUAAUGUUGCUGCCGAAAUUGGGAUUAAUAAACAGACAGCAUUUGAUAUUCACCUAAGCAAAAAUGCAAGAAGGAGUGAUCGUUUUGCUACCACACUGAGAAAUGAAAUUCAAAUGAAGAGAGCAAAACUCCAAAAAAGCAAAAGCACAGCAGCCUUAGUAGAGCCAACUGAGGAAGAGGAGUGUGCUGAGAACUGGAAGCAUGAUUCUCAAGAAAAGACAGCUCCUUCAUCAGAAAGUUGUUAUUCUCACAUGUACAAAGAUAAUCUGAAAGAGGCCCAAGCCAGAGUCUUGAAGGCCACUUCUUUUCAGCGCCGAGACUUGGAACCCAACUCUGCAGAUUAUCUUCCAAACCGAAAGACUAAUAUAUAUAAUACUUCUCCAUUGACUUUAGUUUCUGAAGAUGAAUUAGGUUUUCCUGAACUUAGGCAGUCUUCUAAAGAGAUAUCACUGAGUAAUGCUGCUCACCAGCUUUCACGUAUUGGUGCUAGGAAGAGAUUUACUGCAGAACAAAAGUUAAAAUCUUAUUCUGAACCUGAGAAAAUAAAUGAAGUGGGUUUGUUGGAUGAUAACUGCCAAACACACCAUCGUCCAACUACAUCAGAGGAAGCUUUGGAAACUUUUGCAGAUAAAUGGAAGUUUUUUGAAGAGACUAGUAAGCCAGUCUAUCAAAAAUCUUCACAAAGAUGUGCAUCCUACUUUCAUUCAGAAGCAGAGUCUGCUACUCCUCGUAGAAAUUCUAAUGAAAUUGAAUCUGGAGGAUCAUGCUACAAAAAAAGAAUGCGGUCAGCUUCUUUUGGAGUUGAGAAUGUGCUUUGUGCGUCUGAUACACCUAAUGAAACUGUACGUUACAGUGGCCAUAUUGCUAAAUCAAGACAACCUCAGAGGUUAGAAACAUUUGCAGAAUACCAGGCAUCUUGGAAAGAACAGAGAAAACAUAUAGAAAACUGUAGUUCUGGAAAGUACCAUUCAGCUGAUAAUAUCCUUGAUGCUGGCCUUGAACAACUUGAGAAGUCUCAGUAUAAACAUGAACGGUCCAGGUCAUCUCCUUCUACUGAUUUUUACAAGCAGGAAACAUCAACAGAAGCAAAGAGGCAUACUGAAAAAUCCAGGAAAGAUGAAAAGCUUAUUUCCUCCGUUGCAAAAUCAGAUGAAAGCAGCUGCAAUUUGAGAUCAUCUGAUAAAGAGUAUCCAGAAGAUUUUCUGAGAGAACUCACAGCUCAGGAGGACUGCAGUUCAGGAAACAAGUGGAAAGCAUCUGCAAGGUCCUUUCAUGCAGAACCUGCCACAAUUACAUCACAGCAGAGCCGAGGUAGAUCUGGGACAUUGCCCAGUGAUUACAGAUACUCACAGGAAAAUCUAAAUGAGAAAAGCAAAGAUUAUGGUGCUUUGCCUCUUAUGAUUUCUGGACUACAAAUAUCAGAUAAGAAUCAGCACUGUUUAACACAUGUCAAAGCAGAAGAAAAUCUACAGGGGAAUUCUAUACUGCUGAAUAAGAAACAUGGCUGUUUUCCUCAGAGGCCACCCGCACCCAAACAAGAUAAGAAACACAGGCGACAGGAUAGUUUUUCAGCUUCACUUGCUUCAGAAUCUUUACUGACUGUACCCAACAGAUCAGAUCAGUCUUCCCCUGCUGCUACCAAUAUAGCUAUAGGCAGAUCAUCACCACCUCAGGUUCCCACAAAAAAUUCUGGAAAAUUUAUAAGUGCAGAGUCUGGGCAGUUGGCAUCAACAGAAAAUGUUUUUCAGCAUUUAGAAGAAAAAAGACAUCUCAAAUCUGAACCUCCCCUUCCUUCAGCUUAUCGUUACCAUCUAAAAGCUAGAAUGGAAGCAUCAAGAUCCCCUUCACCACAAUUUGCUCCACCAAAGCUGACUGAUAAGCCACCUGUGCCUGCUCAGGAUGAAAAUUCCACAAGAAUUGAAAGAGUGAUGGAUAACAAUACAACCGUAAAAAUGGUUCCAAUCAAGAUUGUACAUUCUGAGAGCCAUUCAGAGAAGACAAGCAGACAGAAUCUUGGGACCACAAUAGAGCCUCCUACUUUACCAAGUGGCUUAGAAAAAGACCAAAUCAAGACACUUAGCACUUCUGAACAGUCCUAUUCACGUUUUUGUGCUUAUACGAGACAAGGUGUGGAAAUUGAGCUUGAGAACAAAUCAAACCUGUCGUCUUUGCAACCUAUUGAAAGCUUUGGGAGGAACAUAAAAGAGAAUGACAUAUCCACCCAUGCAGUUAACUAUGUGAGAGCCAAAGAAAAGACAAUUGAGGACUGGAAAUCAGAAGAAUUAGCUAGAGAAAUAGUAGAUAAAGAUAAAUCAUUAGCAGAAAUUUUAGACCCAAAUGUGAAAAUAAAAACCACAAUGGAUUUAAUGGAGGGAAUCUUUCCCAAAGAUGAACAUCUCUUAGAAGAAGCACAACAUCGCAGAAAAUUUCUUUUAAAGAUUUCAGCACCCAAAACUGAAGAGGAAAAGAAAGAGGAGCUGCCUCUGUCUUUGGCCAUUCCCUUAACAACUAAUUCCACUUACUACAGCACCUCUGCACCCAAGGCAGAACUUCUGAUCAAGAUGAAGGAUAUGCAGCAGCAGCAGCAGCAGCAGCAACAGCAAAGUGAGGAGGAUUCUGAAAAUGAGUUAGACCACAAUUUGUCUGAGAAGAAGCAAGAGCUUAUAGAUAGCAUUAGUCGAAAACUAAAAGUGCUAAAAGAAGCUCGAGAGACACUCUUGGAAGACAUUCAAGCCAAUAAUCUUCUUGGAGAUGAAGUGGAGGUGGUGGUAAAGGAGGUCUGCAAACCCAAUGAAUUUGACAAGUUUCGGAUGUUUAUUGGAGAUCUAGACAAAGUGGUUAACCUCUUGCUAUCACUCUCUGGUCGACUUGCCAGAGUAGAAAAUGCAUUAAACAACUUGGAUGAAAACGCUUCUCCCGAGGAAAGGCGGAUUCUAGUAGAAAAACAGAAAUUACUCACACAACAACAUGAAGAUGCAAAGGAGCUGAAAGAAAACCUGGAUCGAAGAGAACGCAUUGUCUUUGAUAUUCUGGCCAGCUAUCUGAGUGAUGAAAGCCUUGCCGAUUAUGAGCACUUUGUCAAAAUGAAAUCAGCCCUCAUAAUAGAACAGCGAGAGCUAGAGGACAAAAUAAAACUUGGGGAAGAGCAACUCAAAUGCCUGACUGAAAGUCUCCAGCCUGAAAGACCCAAAUAAUGAUUCAAUAAUCCUGGGACUUUGUUUUACGUAGUUUUAUUUGCAAACCUUGAAACCUUUUAUAGUUUUUUUAAGACAGAAAAGAGACCAAUAUACACAUGAGCACUGUUCCCUGAUUUCCCAAAAGGGAAUAAGAAAACUCUUUUAAUUUUAGAAACUUGGAGAAAAAGUACUUACAUUAAGCAGACAAAACAACUUUUCCAACACUAUGAUUAGGCUGGUGAAAUACAUUGGCACUAUUGUACAUUUAGAUACUUUUUUAAAAAAAGUAAUUUUGCAUGAUAUUAGUCUUUUCAAAAUUAUUUCAAAACCGUUUGCUCAAGUAAACUUUUAAUUAUAUCCAAUUAAACUAAUUCAGAAUGUACCAAUAAAUUGGUAUAUUUCUGUGGCUUUGUGAAUUUUAAAAUUCUAAUGAAUUAUAUCUAUAGUUCAUUAAUUUAUCACUUCAGUAUUGAUGGCUCUGGAAGAGAUAAGAAAGACAACUUUAACUCAAAGCAGUUUUCUUAUCUGAAUAAAAAACUGAAGGAUUGAUUCUUAUAAGUCUAAGUUUGUAAUAUAGUGCAAAAUUAAUACGACAUUUCAUUAGGUACUAUUUGCCAGGAGUUUUGUUAGUCAUGUAUUUGUAGAUUGUUCUGCAUAUUCUUCAUCUAUAUGUUUUCACCUGAUGACUUUGCCUUUAAAGAUCAAUGUUUGUCCAGUGACUGCUAUAAGCUCCUUGUUUUACUUGGAUACCUCUGUGCUUUGUUUAUAUUAACAAAUGAUAUAACAGUUUGAUCUUAUUUUCUAGUCCAAUCACAUGUAGGGACAUAUUAACACUGUAAUCUAAAAAAAUAUUUUUAAAAAGCCACUUUAAAACCUUUUACAUGAUAAGGAUGCAAUAACUGUUGAUGUAUUAACCAACUUAUAAGUAAUGUUCCUUAACAUUAAUGGAUGUUUGUAAUGAAUAAAGAUAAUUGUUAUGUCUUUUCUAUAAGGUAUUUUUAAGACUUACUGAGAAAUAAUUUACCUAAAACCUUGAGCCAGUACUGCACAGUACCCUCAUUUAGAAGUUAAAUUAACUGCACCAUUACAGAAGAACUUAACUGUGAAAUCAUUCCACAAGAAUAGGUACAAUUUCAGCUGUUCUGAUUACUCUAGCAAUAAAAUGGUUAGCUAUAGAAGAACUAGCCAUAAUUGAUUCCACAUAAUCAUGAUUUCAUAAGUGGAUAUCAGUCAAUCCUGUGCAUAUAAAGCAAACCUAGGACUCAUACCACAAGACGCAUUUAUAGGAUUGCAAUCAUGUAUUCUUGAUCGGUCUUUUCCCACAAAUAUCAGUGCUAAUUCAUACAUUUGAUGCCAUUCCCUUCUAUGUUGUUAACAUUAUUUUAACAAUUUUCUCUACUACUGUAUUUAUAUCUGACAUCAUUGUGACAUACAUUCUCCAGUCCAUAUUAGACAAGUGUUCCAUUUUGUUUCUGGUUUAAUUCUUAUAUAUAUAUAUAUAUAUACAAUAUAAAGCAACAUUUUUGUUCCAAUCAAAUGUAACAUUUUUUUCUUUAACUCUUUAAGGAAAUAAAAGUUUUCUGUGAUGAUUCAGUUUGUAUAUGUGCACUCAAAAUAUAACUGGUAUGUACACAGUAAUUUGCAUUUAAGUCAUGUAAUUCAUAUGAACUUAGUACAUAAAUUAAUGUAUAAUUAUAUUUCACUUUGCAUAAUAAUAUAUUUAAUCAUUACCUUUGGUUAAGCUUGCCAUUUUUUUGUUUGCUGGUUUGGCAGGCUCUCUGGAAAGAGCCGGUAAAGGGAUUCCCUCUUCUGUAUAUAUACUUUACAAAUAUCUCUACUGUUUGUUCUAUCUGAGAGUUAAUCUGGUGCUAAUGUCUUGCUUUGGCAUCAUGAGUGAAGGAUUAUUUCACUUUAUACGUCAUUGCAGUAUUUAGACUUUUUGUACAGUAAAAAAUAUAUUUUGAUUUUUUUUCCUGUGGUCCAUUUUCCAUAUGCUACACAAAUCCAAACAACAUAUUUCAAUUUCUUAAUUUUUGUUUAAUUAUCUACCUACUGACAAGGUUAUAUUGUUUUAUCAAGGAAAAUAAAAUAAAAUAAAUACUGUGCUUGA